GACAUUUAAGUAGUCUAUGACUUUUAUCAAUGGAGUGAAGACGUUUGUUGUGAGAGUUGUUUCCUAUUAUUUCGCCUUCCGUCGUUUUAAUUCCGUGUAAUGUAAAUAAACUAGUUAGAAAAAAAUCUUUUAUACUUCACGACUAGGUAGUGAUUGUGGAUUUUUUUCUUAGAGUUUAGAUGUAGAAAUAGUAGGAUGUUUCUCAAACGUAUAUUGGUGCCUCUGUUCUGCCUUGGAAUAGAAGUUCUUCGGGUCCAAGGUGAAGAAGUGGAGAUUCGGCAAGUAGCCGCAGACAAGGGAACGAACGUGACCAUUCCUUGUGGCAGUCUGCUGAAACUGCCAACUAACGUCCAGUGGGUUUACAGAGGAAACCGAACUCACCACGAAGUUUUGGGGGACGGUAGCCUGCUCCUUAAAAAGGUGGGCCUCGAUGACGAAGGCCUAUACGAGUGCGGCGUGGAAAAUGAAACUGCGUAUGUUGAUAGAGUCAAUCUAACAGUCAGAACGGAGCCUCCACCCCUAGUCAACGUGACAGUUCACGCUUCAACCAUCCUUGCUAUAAUAUUGUGGAACGUGGCAGGUGACGGUGGUCACCCCAUCAUGGAUUUUACCGCGCAGUACCGGUCAGCAGCACCCAUUAAUGAUAGCCUAGAACCAUGGCGGCCUAUCAGCCCUAACCACAUCAGCCCAAACUCGAGACAAAUCGACGUGUACCAUUUGGAACCAAAUGCAUCGUAUUGGUUCCGAGUAUGGGCUAACAAUGUUCUGGGUCCCGGUCCCCCUGUGGAGGUGCUCGCCACCACACUCUAUAGCGACCAGGAAGCAGAACUAUAUAAGCACUUCCUCGAGGGUGCCGAAACAUUCGACACGCGCACGUGGGUGGCCGCGGUGUGCGUAGUGAUGGGAACACUCGCCGUGCUCGCGGCGGGCACGUGCGCCGUACUCUGCCGAGAGUGGCGCCGGUCAGAUUACUCCGAGGAGCAGGAUGUUAUAGAAUUAGUGCCUAAUAUAAUUUUGAAUCCGGGAUUUAUGGAAUCCGAUCCCGUGCGACCGCGGGAGUCAUACGCAGCCUCGAUCAUCAAGUCGACGGAGUGUCCAGGGCCCGGGAAGCCGAGGCGUGUCUGAUUCUCGUCUAUACUGAACCUUAGAAUAUUCUAUCUCACUGAUUCGGGGCUAUUAUCGUGAUUGUAAAUUUUAAGAAUUGAGUGACGGUACGAUGUUCGAUGGCAGAGGUACGCUCAUGGCAGUAACUUGGAAAUGUUGCUUUUGUGCUCGAAACGACUCAAAUAUUUAUCACUGAGUAGAAAAUAGUGGCUUGAUGUUUGGCGAAACGACAGGGGCUUAACUAAAAUAUAAUUGCGAAUUACUAAAGCAACAGAAACACUACAAGCAAUGAUAAUUAAUUAAUGAGAGAAUGGUCGAUCCUAUCAUAUGUCCGAGUACUGUGACGAACACAAUUGACCCAAGGGUAACGAUGGACAUAUCAACUGCAACGUAAAGAUUAUUUUGUAAUAUUGAAUUGGAGCGAUAGAAUAUUCUAUAGUUUGUAAAAUUUAGCUAUUGCGCUCGCCAUUUGGUCGAUUUUAAAAUGCAAUAAUUCGUCUUUUUCAAAAUGCAGACAGUGGAAUUGAUGUAAACAAAAAAUAUAUCA